UGUUUAUAGUCUAAAAUUCACAGAAUUAUCUCAUCUUGUAAAUUUAAAGUUUCUUGAGCGUUUACAUCUUCAGUAUAUAGAAUCUAUACAUAACGAUACUCUUUGCGAAAUACUGCAGAGUAAUCAACAAAUGCGCGACUUAAAUUUAGCAUACACGUACGAAAGGUUUGGGAAAUACGCAAUAAGAUGGACAACUUUAUGUCCAAAUUUAGAAAAACUAAAUUUAGAAAGAGCAUAUUUAACAUUGCAAGAUAUUGAUGCCCUUGCCAAUUUCAAGAAUUUGAAGGAAGUGAAUUUUAGCCGGGUUUUCCCAUUUUGGAUGUCGGACCGCCAGCAGCACAGCAUAGCCUACUAUAGGAAUAGUUUCCAUAAAUUGUUUUCCUCCUGUCAACGCUUGGAAAAAAUCGACUUGAGCUUUAAUCACAAGCUCACUGAUCAUGAAUUAGAAACUCUAUCGCUGUGCAAAAAUUUAAAAUGUUUAAAGUUGAUAGCUGUAUCCGAUGUACCUGACAUAAUUUUCCUGCAAUGUCCUAAAUUGGAAGUUAUCCAUGUUUCGCGUGCAGAAACGAAACAUUUAACUAAUCAAUGGAACGAAAGAUAUCAGCAUAUAACAAUUGUAUAUUACGAGGGUUUAUUUUUCUAGUGGAAUUAAAAUU